GAUUUCAACAAGCAGAGAAGAGGGCAUGCACAUUCUAUUCAGAGGAAAUGACUUCAGAAAAGGACAAACAUGUACUCUGGAACCAUGAGUUAGCACAGCUUGGUGGAAAUGUCAGUUUUGUGAGGUGCACUGAUAGAAGACAAAAUUAGUUCAAAGCAUGAUAUCUGGAAGUUCAUUGUCAGAGACACAAUCAAAAAAAUUAACGAGAGAGUCGCUGGACACUGGACAGAUGGCGUUGACUUUGGCCCAACUUGAGACCUUGGAACUUUGCCUAAAGGAAGCAGAAGAAAAGACUAAAACCUUAUCGGAACAGCUUGCAGUCUCUGAAGGAACAAAAUCAAAACUUCUCGAACAAAUUACUUGGCUGGAGGAAAAACUAAAGGCUCUGGACCAUAAGGAAGCCAUUUGGGGACAGCAUGAGAAGAUGCUUCUUUUGAAAGACCAGUGCAUUGAGAACCUGCAAGCUGAAUUAAAAGCUUCCGAGGAGCAACUCAUAGCCUAUAAACUAAAGCACAAAAAGAAAAUGAAAAAACUAAAAACUGAUUUGGCAACAGCUAAGCAAGAGGCUGCCUUCACAAUCAUGGAACUCAAUGAGAAGAUAAAGAUGCUCUGUGAAGGAAAGCCAGCCCCUAGAGAAGACAACUUGUCAGAAGAAGAGUUCUGUGGUGGUCUCCCUCCUAUGGAAGAGAGUGAUAGGAAAAUUAGCCUCAUCAUGGAACUGUCGACCCAGCUUUCCUUUCAGACAGAGAAGAUCACUGAGUUGGAAGAAGAGUUGGAGGAGAAGGAAAGGAUAAUUCAGCAGCUGGAAGACAAAUGGGAGCCCCAUGUUUCCCAAAAGGAGGAAAACUCUUCAGAAUGUUUAGAAGAAACCCCAAUUUUCUUUAAUCAUAGCAUCCCUCCUAUGGUCUCUGAUUAGGAUAAAGAAAAACAAUAAAAGUUUAUUAAGUAUCCUCAAGGUAAAGUCCAGAACCCAAGUAGUCUCCUCACUGACAAAUUCAAGUUCAAGUUCAUGGUUCCUAUAAUGUUCAUAUUAGAAAAAAAACAAAACAAAAAAGGUUUAUUCAGAAACAAACACUAAAUAUUUCCUCUGCAGACAGUAGUAGUCACAUAAUCCACAGAGCUAUAGAAUACUAUCCUUUUAGACA